AUGCUCCACCUCCUCUACCUCUCAGGCCUCCUGCACAUCUACAUCGUCAUCAAGCUCCUUCUCCACGCCACUGUCUAUCUUGUUCCCUCUUCUCUCCCUAAAUACCUCACCUCCAACCCCAACGCCCCCGAAUCCUGGGCCCUGAUCACCGGCUCCACCGCCGGUAUCGGGUUCGGGUUCGCACAGGAGCUCUUAUCCAAGGGUUUCAACGUGAUCAUUCACGGCAAAGACCACAAGGAGCUCGAACACGCACGGACCAGACUCCUCCUCUCCUUCCCGCACCGCUCCAUCCGCAUCUUCCAAUACGACGCUGCCUCAUCCUCCACUACUACUCUAGCCGCUUCCCUAGCCCCAGCCUUGCAGGACAUCUCGCUCCGUGUCCUGAUCAACAAUGUCGGCGGACAAGCAGGCCAGACCCGAUCCACGUAUCAGCGUUUCGCCGACUUCUCGGGAAAAGAAGUCUCUCGGGUGAUGAACGUGAACGCGCAUUUCAUGACGCAGAUCACCCGCAUCAUAUUGCCUCGGUUUCUAUCAUCUCAGAAAGAAAAAGAGGAAAAUUUCCUACCGUGCCUAAUCCUCAAUGUAUCAUCUCUCUCCGCAACAGGCCUCCCUUAUCUGUCUGUGUACGCGGCCUCAAAAGCCUAUGUCGACGCCUUCACUCGAUCCUUGCAUGCGGAGAUGCUAGCCGAGAAAGCACCCGUGAGUGUAUUGGGCGUGGUGUGUGGGAACGUGCAGAGCGACGGACACAGGCUUACUCCGGGGUGGUUCGUGCCGACAUCGAGAGCGAUGGCGCGCGCGGCGCUGCGGUGUGUUGGACCGGCAUCAGCAACAUCAGCAUCAACACCUAAAUCAGUGUCAGCAUUAGCAUCAGGAUUAGCAGCGGCAUCAGCGCUUAGGCUAAGAUUGGGUGGUCAGCGGGCGCUGGUGACAGCUUAUUGGCCGCAUGCGGUGCAGGCGUGGGUAUUUGGGAUUCUGCCGGAGAAGGCUCGGGAGUGGAUUUCCAUUUCGAUUCUGAGGGGGUUGAAGGCUGACAUGGAGGGGGAGGAAAGGAGGGUGAGAUGA